AUGAGUCCUGAACCCUACAAAUCCUCGGCAGCAGAGUCGCCGUCACAAACACUCAGGCUCGAGACCAUGGAUCCGCCGCACCCUUCACACCACCACCACCGGCUCCACCUCCGUCUCGAUCCCGGCCACCACCACCGCAUCCACAUCCACCUCUGCCACCACACCGCCCACCUCCUUCCCGCCGCCGCCUCUUGUGCCCACUUCCAGCAGCAGCACCCGCAGUCGUUGGUCCCCGGCCCGCCGAGCGCGGCGCCUUGGCACCCGGAAGGAGGACCAAUCACCGGACCGCAGGUAGAGGCGGCGAGGGAGUCGGAGGAGACGGCGCUGCAGGCGGGGCAAGGAGAAGACGUUUAUCUGGAAGGGGAAGAGGAGGAUGAGGAGGAGCCGGUGUUCGUUCUGACGGACGAGUGGGCGGAGUUCUUCGCCAAGGCCGACGCCAAGAGGAAGCUGGCCAAGAAGCAGAAGAAGAAGGAUCGGAAGAAGUAGCCAGGCGCGUCAGCUACAUUGGCUCAAACAAUGGACAAGGAGGCCGCACAGGGGCUGGCUUUACCACAGCUUAUAGCACUUCAUACUUUUUACCAGAAGAAGUACAGUAUUCACAAUGCUUUUUUAUCUAGCGUGUAGUAGCAGCAAUUUACAAUACUUAAGAACUUCACCGAUCAUCAUUGCUAUGAUCACUGUUCUGGGAGGGAUCCCGUUUUGUUAUUGCUGUACUGCGCUCUGCUAAUUCAUUCAAGCAUACACGUACUUCUCGGCAACUGUUACUGAACAACUUCUUUUCAUUGAU